GUUUACUCAGGAUACCGCGGUCCCGCGGGGGGCGCUGCGGGCACGGGGGUGGGUGGAUUGCAUGCAUUCCUCCAGGAGCUGGGACUGGCAGCCCAACAGGGUGGGCUUCGGAAGCUGGGUAGCCGCCGGCCUAUGUUCCUAGGGGUGUGGUUGCGAUGCACAGCUUGUCACAUUUCUCGGACCCCUGAACUGACAAGGCUGUGAGAGUCACGCUGGGUGGGGUGAGCUCUUGGAAUUAAUGCAGGGGUUUGACCAGACCAGCGCGGCAGGAGGCUUUUCGGCUUUAUGGGGGCGGGGAAGAAGGGCGCAGCGCUGCGGGAGACUUAAUUGUUUUUUCCUUGGGCUGCUCAGACUCUUGAGGAAAAAGCUGCUGCAGACUGCAGAAGGGGAGCAGGUUGGGCUGUGAGUGUGGCACCUAAUGGAGGAACUUGGUGGGGAGGGAUGGAAAACCAUGGCAUUAGACCCUCCGGGGCCCUGGUCAGAGGUCUAGGAGGGAAAGUGGGGAGAUUGCCCAAUGACAGGACCAGGCUCAGAUUGGCCAAGGAGACUUUGAUGGGUCUGUUUUGCAAAUGCCAGCACAGAUGUCUGGGGAGGGAUUAUGGGUGGAGCUACAGGGCAAUGGGUUCUAAUCCCUUUCUCCAGGGUGAGUGCCAAUUCCAGCCUGGCCUGAAGGUAGGGAAGACAGAGGGUGUCUCUGAGACUCCCACCCUGCAGGUUGAUUGACUGAGGCUGGAAGUUUGGAGAAGACCUGAAGGGAGCUUAGAAGGGAAUCCUAAACAAGCUUUUCUGAUGGAGGGAGUGAAUGGAGUGGGUUCCAGUUGCUCUACAAGGCAUGGGAGUGAUAGCAAGUCACCAUGCCCUAUAGGGGCGGUGACCCUUUGAGAAUGAAUGGGUUUGUGGUGGCUGGGGUGUCGGUAGGCAUGUGUGUGUGUCAAGGGAUAUUUAGUUGUUGAGCAGAUGGUAUAUUGAAACAUUUUCAAUUUCAACAGUGAGUCAGGAGACUUAGGGCCUAGUCCUGGCUCACCUUGCUGUGUGACCUUGGACACUGUUGGUUUCACCCAGCUUCAAACGUUCCAUUUACAAGCCUGGGCUCAGGAACGCUGUUCUCCUGGUUCAAGGAUGUUGUGAGGGCAGCGGGGAAGUAUUUCAGAGAGGCACAGUGGUCUGGGAAGACAACAUUUACAGCAGGCAUGCUGGGAGCCAGUGCUGGGGUGAUGGGGUGUAAUGGUCAGCCUUUAGACCAGGCCUGCCUCCUUGGGAGUUCUUGCUUUGGUUCAGUGACCUGCAGCUUUUCAAACUGUGUGGUAUGAUUCAUCUUGUUAAACAGUGGGACUACUUUUAAUGGUUAACCCAGGGAGGUCACUUCCAACUUUAGGGGAGGAGGGGGUUGUUAUUUUACUUCCUGCUUUAAGCCCGUUGGUGACCUUCCUUCCCUCCUGAAGGUUUUGGAUCACCUCCUAUGCUUGGGCAUCUAACUAGAGAAGGUGCUCCUGAGAAUUUUCCAGCAGUUUUGAGCCCAUAUCUUGUAUGUCAAAGGCACAGGGCUUGAUGUGUCUUGUAACAGAAGAUAGCUCUCUGUUCUUGAGGUUAUUCCAGGGUGAUGAUAAAGGUCAUAGGGCAGCAGACCUUUGAAGAGGAUGCUGGAGAGGCCAGGGAAGACUUCUAGAAGGAGGUGGCUCUUGAGAAGAGCCCGGGAUGAAAGACUGUGACGAAACAAAACAAAACUGUAGAUGGGCAAACUCUGGAGGUUGUGGGAAGUGAGUGAUUCCUUAGGCUGGAGAAUGGCUGACCCUGGGGUCUUCCUUGAUUCCUCUCUCCGCUUCUACUUCUCCAGGGGCUGGUGAUUGCAUCUGGAAGUGCCCAUGACAGAGCUGGUGUCCUCCAGGGGAGGGUCCCCUACAGGGGACGGGGAGGAGGGUCUGGGGGACGAUCAAGGCCUGGUUAUCCACCACCCCGCGGAGGAACAGUCCCACCGCUGCCCACUGUGCGGGCAGACCUUCUCCCAGCAGCCCAGCCUGGUGAGGCACCAGAAGGCGCACGUGGGGGCUGGCCGAGCAGCCGCCUUCGUGUGUCCCGAGUGCGGCAAGGCCUUCAGCGUCAAACACAACCUGGAGGUGCACCAGCGCACGCACACCGGCGAGCGGCCCUUCCCCUGCCCCGAGUGCGGCCGCUGCUUCAGCCUCAAGCAGAACCUGCUCACGCACCAGCGCAUCCACAGCGGCGAGAAGCCGCAUCAGUGCGCGCAGUGCGGUCGCUGCUUCCGUGAGCCGCGCUUCCUGCUCAACCACCAGCGCAUCCACGCGCGCAUGCCCACGCCGCACCCGCGCCGUCCUGGCGUCUUCGGGGAGCGGCGACCCUAUUUCUGCCCUCGCUGCGGCAAGAGCUUCGCGCGUGAGGGCUCGCUCAAAACCCACCAGCGCAGCCAUGGCCACGGGCCUGAGAGCCAAGCUGCCCAUUUGAGCCGCGUGCUAUGACCGGUGGGAGACCUGCCACCACCAGCUGCCUCCAAUCCAGAAGCCACAUCCAAGGGUGCUGAGCUGUAGUCCCCUGGCUGGAUGGGCUCCUGGGAGGGGGCCGGGGCCAGCUUAGGAUGUUGAAAGUUUUUCUUCCUUCCCCUGGACCCCUUGGCUGGCUGCAUGUAUCCGCUUUGGGCACCUGCAUUAGUUUGCCUCUUCCGGCUGCCUAGAGCAGAUACGAAGUGGACAGGACCUCGUGGCCUAGGACCUGCAGGGCACCUCUGGGCAUGGAAACUAAAAAUGGAGUCUCAGGUCCUGGGUUCCUGGCAUGAGGACGUGUCUCCUCAGAAGACCUACCUCUGGAGGUGCCCUAUGUUGGUAGAGCAUGGAUUAGAGGCUGAUUCCAUGCCUUGGUGGGAAACUUCCCCAGAUCUGACUUGAGUCACAGCUGGGCAAGCCUCUUUUUUGGCUUCCUGAUCCUAGACCUCAACUCAGGUGUGGAGGCAGAGACAGCCCCUGUGUGGAGAGGUGGCUGCUCUCUUCCAGCCUGGCUCAGCCCUUGGUUGAAGGGCAGGGACAAGGAGUGACUGUUGUGUACUGUUGCAACAAGAUGGUGUCGGACUUGGCUCGAGAGGCAAAACUUCCCUCAAGAUGUGAACAGCACGUGAAGGCUUCCAUGCCCUUUCUGAGCUAGAAAGGUUAACACUUCAGGGGCUUGUGGCUCUUUAAAACCUGAUGGAGGCUGUGGACCUUGUCCUAGAACUCACAUACUCACGGGGCUCUCAGUGCCACGCAGUUUCGGGAGCCUCUGGACUCCAGCCUAAAGACCUCAGCCCUGGGGAUUCCAUCUCCCAUCCUUUCCUUACUCCACACAAGUGUGACGCUCUCCUCCUGGUCUCCUCUUCUUUGGGAAUAAAGAAUUCUGAGGCUGAG